AUUGCUAUGAAUAGAUCGCCUGACUAUAAAAAUAUUUACACCUACAACAAACAACACACCGGAGGUUUGCACAGGCACAUACAGACGAUUAUUAAGAUACGUGUUUACUGACUUCUGAUAUAGCGGCAAAUAUUUGUUUCCUUCAAUGCUUCAGCUUAAGUCCAGUUCUGUUAUCUUUCUUUAUUUUAAUCUUAUUCGCACUUCUCUCACUCUUAUAUUUUAAAAUGGGUUAACAGCCGAAGUUAAACCAUCGAUUGGCUUUUUAUAUGAUUUAAUUCCUGGAGACGCUAUUCAGUUAUAUUCCAGCUAUCAACUUGUGUCGACGAUGAUGAAGAAGGAAUUUUUUUUAUUGUUAUCGAUAUGUUUGUCAUUGAGCUUAAAAGUUGUUGCAAGAGAUGGUUUCGGGGAAUAUCAACAAGAUUGGGGACAUGUUGGUGCGUGAAGGAGCUCACAUGUUCUGGUGGCUUCAUUAUACAAUCGCAGAGACACCAAAUGUUACUGAUCGUCCUUUGAUACUUUGGCUUCAAGGCGGCCCGGGAUCAUCAUCUACCGGUUAUGGAAACUUUGAAAUUCUCGGUCCUUAUGAUUUAAACAUGGAAAAAAGAGACUUCACUUGGAUUAAAACUCACAAUGUAUUGUUUGUUGAUAAUCCAGUUGGAACCGGUUUCAGUUACGUUGAACACAUUAAAUAUUUGACAAAAGAUAACAAACAGAUUGCAGAGGAUUUAGUUGAAUUGUUACGUGGAUUUUAUGAAGCACUUCCUGAAUUCAAAUCAGUUCCUUUACAUAUCUUUGGUGAAAGUUAUGGUGGAAAGAUGGCUAUUGAAUUUGCCCAUGAACUUUAUCAUGAGAUUGAGAAUGGAAACAUUGAAUCUAAUCUUGUUACUGUAGCAAUGGGAGACGCUUGGAUAUCUCCAAUCGAUUCAACAUUGUCAUGGGCACCAUAUUUGUUUCAACUUGGCUUCGUUGAUGAAGAUGGUUAUGAACGAAUCAACAACUACGCUUUGAGAACCAAACGUGCUCUCGAUGAAGGAAAAUAUUUCCAAGCGACCGAUUUGUGGGCUCAAACAGAAGAAGUUUUACUUGGCUAUAACAUGGGCGUUGAUUUUUAUAACGUUCUAUAUGAUACAAGAUUUAGCAGCUCGGAAGAUAAUGCUAAGCAACUUUUCCACCACAGCCCACAUUCAAUUGCUUACGAUGUUAUGGUAAAGCGAAAGCGAAUAAAUAUUGGCGAUGAAAGUGAUGAUGAAUACACUGACCCGUUAACAAGAAUGAUGCGCGACGAAGUUCAUCCAGCACUUGGCUUAAGCGAUGACGUAAAAUUCGGUUCGCAAUCAAGUGCUGUGUUUGAUACUUUGGGAGGUGACUUUAUGAAACCAGUUGUGAGCAUUGUUGAGCAUUUGUUAAACAACACUUCAGUGAAGGUCGUCGUGUAUAGUGGACAAUUGGAUUUAAUUUGUUCUACACCCGGCACUGUCAAAUGGGUCAAUGAAAUGAAUUGGGUAGGAAGUAAGGAUUAUGCUAAUGCACCUCGUGAUGGCAUUGGAAUCAACAAUGUUCUAGAGGGAUAUGUUCGAAAAUAUGGCAAUUUCAGUAUGUAUUGGAUCAAUAAAGCUGGUCAUAUGGCGCCAUUUGAUAAUCCACGUUGUAUGGGAUAUAUUCUUCGACAAGUUACGAAUUUUGGAUGAUGAGAUCAGAAGUUAAAUUAAAACUUUUAAAAUAUUAUGUCAAAUACUAGUCUACAACAAAUAAAGUAACAAGAUACUUAGAUGAAAUGAAAAUUAAAG